UUGUGGGACUGAGUGGCUGCUAUUAUAUAUUUAUAAAGACUUGUGUAAGUCUCCAACAUUCCCAUACCCACCUUGCUCUCAUUUUUUGGUGUUCCAUUAAUUUUCCUUUGGAAGAAGAAGCUAUAGGCGAUGGGAAAUUGCCAAGCCAUCGAUGCAGCAACAUUAGUGAUUCAGCACCCGAAUGGGAAAGUAGACAAGUUCUAUGCACCUUUGAGUGCCACACAUGUCAUGAAAACCAACCCUGGUCACUAUGUUGCUCUUCUCAUCUCCACCACAUUGUGUCCAACCAAGGACAUUCAAAAUUGCCCCAACAAGAGUGACAUCAAAAACAAAAACGCCAACAACCCAGUUCGCAUAACUCGAAUCAAGCUUCUCAAGCCCACUGACACGCUUGUUCUUGGCCAAGUUUAUAGACUCAUCAAAACUCAAGAGGUCAUGAAGGGUCUGAAGGAAAAGCAAAAGGCAAAGAUGAGGCAAAACGUGCCAGAGUCAGCUCACAAGCCAGAUUUGGAGAAGGAGAAAGUAGCAAGGAGGUCUGAAAUGGAGGACAAUAAGGUAAUUACCAAACCCGAAAGAGCUCGACCAAGGAUUACAGCACCAACUAAUAAUGGUGCCACAGCUAAGACAAGAUUUUGGCAACCCUCUUUACAAAGUAUCUCAGAGGCUGCCAGCUGAUCUUUGUUUUCAAUGUUACCCACAUGUGGUGUGAGGGACAGAGAAGCAACUGAGGAAAAAAAAAAUAAACAGCAAAAAAAAAAAGAAAAAAAAACCAUGAUUGCUUGGUCAUGUGAAAAUUAAAUAUAGUACACUGAGGUUCAGGGGAGGCCAGAAACAACAGAGAUGAUAAAAUUCUCCUCUGAGUUGAGGCAUAAUUGUGUAUAGUAAAGUUGACAUGUCCUAUUUCUUUUAGUGUAAUUAGAUAUUACUCUCUAAUGAAAUCAAUCUUCAUCAUCAUGACAAAUUUCAUGUUA